CCUGGUGACAUUAAUACGUCUGGUUGGUUAACCGUCCCAUCCCGUCCUGCUCCCCCUCUACUUGUACCACUCCACUGCACUGCUUCCAUUCCAUAGUUCCACUCCACCUGGUCGAGAGUCGAGACUCGAGAGCGAGUAGCUGAGACCCGUGGAUUCUUUCACGCAUGGACGCAAAGGCGGAGGCGUCCGUCGACGACGCGGUCCCGGAGGCGCCGGAGCAGUCCGUCGUCCUCAUCUCCGCCGGCGCCAACCACUCGGUCGCGCUGCUCUCGGGCCAGAUGGUGUGCUCCUGGGGCCGGGGCGAGGACGGGCAGCUCGGCCACGGAGACUCCGAGGACCGGCCGGUGCCGACGGUGCUGACCUCCUUCGACGUGCCACGCAUUACGUCCGUCGUCUGCGGCGCCGACCACACCGCCGCCUACUCCGACGACGAGAUGCAGCUCUACAGCUGGGGAUGGGGAGACUUCGGGAGGCUGGGGCAUGGCAACUCCAGCGAUGUGUUCAACCCGCAGCCGGUCGUGGCCCUGCAGGGGAUGAAGAUCAAGCAGGUCGCCUGCGGUGACAGCCACUGCCUCGCCGUCACCGUCACCGGACAAGUGCAUAGCUGGGGGCGCAAUCAGAACGGGCAACUUGGUCUCGGAAACAAUGAAGACUCGCUGCUCCCGCAAAAGAUCAAGGCUUUUGAGGGUGUCUGCGUAAAAAUGAUCGCUGCUGGCGCCGAGCAUACGACGGCCAUAACAGAAGAUGGCCAUCUCUACGGAUGGGGCUGGGGUCGAUACGGCAACCUAGGUCUCAGCGACCGCGACGACCGAUCGGUCCCGGAAAAGGUUUCUUCCGUUGAGGGAGAAAAGAUGGUGCUUGUUGCAUGUGGGUGGCGCCACUCGGUCACUGUGUCGUCGUCUGGUGGCCUGUACACGUACGGGUGGAGCAAGUAUGGCCAGCUAGGCCAUGGUGAUUUCGAAGACCAUCUCGUUCCACGCAAGCUCGAGGCCCUCAAAGACGUUUCCAUUUCUCAGAUUGCAGGUGGGUGGAGGCAUACAAUGGCAGUCGCUUCAGAUGGGAAACUCUAUGGAUGGGGGUGGAACAAGUUUGGCCAAGUUGGUGUUGGAGAUGACGUCGAUCACUGUUCCCCCGUGGAGGUGAAUUUUCCCGAUGAACAGAAAAUUGCACAGGUUGCCUGUGGAUGGAGGCAUACUCUUGCCCUGACAGAAAACAAGAAUGUUUUCUCAUGGGGCAGGGGUGCCAGUGGACAGCUUGGUCAUGGUGAAAUAAUCGACAGGAACACACCCAAGAUGAUCGAUGCCCUAAGCCUGGACGGGUCUGCUUGCAAGCAGUUGGAGUCAUCAAACGCUGUUCCAAUGACAGCUAAAGUCUGGGUCCCUCCUUCGAAGCGGUUCGCCAUCGUCCCCGAGGAGAAUGUUAGUAAACCAGGCAAUGGAACCGACAAGCACGCGCCUGAAGGCGAUGCCAAGAGGAUGCGCGUCUGAGCAUAUGUCCUUCUUCCACCCUCCUUGGCCACCUAUCAGUAAUUCAGUAUACAAAUAAGCUUACUAGCUUGGACAACUUUCUCCUUCACCAUCUAAUAGUAUACAUGGUGCCCAGUUUUAGUGCAUUUUCUUCAUCCUGAAGUAAUGAUGUAUUUAAUGAUGUACUCCCUCCGUUUCAAAAUAGAUGACUUAACUUUAUACUAACUUUAGUACAAAGUUAAUACAAAGUUGGGUCAUCUAUUUUGAAACGGAGGGAGUACUUUAGAGUCUAGCGGUUUCAAAAGGUAUUGAAUAAGGUGGGCAGCCGCUUGUUAAAUUUUCGGUUGGAGGGAACUCCCGAUACUAGUAAUUUGUGAAGAGCGUAAUAAAAUAAUCAGUUUGUUAAUUCUCACACAUCUGAGGAUUAACAAAAUCUCAGUCA